ACACAGCCAGAAAGAAGCAGGCGUAUAUUUGUAAAUAUCACUUGCAGAAUUUAUGAAAAAAUGAAAAAUAAGGUAACGUAGUGAAAUUAUGAAAAAAUAUAAAAAUAAAGUAACGUAAUAAAAUCAUUACUUAACGAUUAUUAGUAUCUACCCAUCAGUAAGAUAAUUUGGCACUGUUCUACCCUUGCUUCGGAGAGCAAGUUAAGUUGUCGGUCUAGGCAAUAUAGAACAGCAGUAGAACAUUUAGACGCAUCAACCUAUACAAUAGGCCCUUCUGCUAAUCAUUAGAUAUAUUUUAUUUUCGGGUCAUAGAACUUAUUACUCGUAAAGUUAAAUUUUUAGUACUACUUAGGUUCAGGCAGACCUAAGGGUUUACCAAAGUAAACAAAGGAAGGUACCAACUUUGUUUCUAUCGGUCAAACAAUUUACAUUAAUCUGAUUUCCAUUUCGCGUAAACAAUGUCACAAAAGAAACCGCCCUGUGGAGAAAUUGAAAGUAACGGCAGCACCUUAUCAUUAACUGUUAACAAAUACCUAACUACCUAUAACGCACAUGCGGGUUUAUGAACGCAUGUAAAGAGUCAUAAAAGGACUGCCGACAGUCCACCUUUCAACAGUCGAUGACACUCCGUUGACUCACUUACAAAUUUCCAAAUAACAAAUCGCAGUUUCAAAUCUACAAUGGCUCGUGCGUGUUUGGUUCUAUUUUUCGUCAGUUUUAUUGUCGCAUGUGAUUUUACGAAUGGGUUUCUAACAAGAGGUAGGAACUUAGAAGCUGUUUUCACGAAGGAUACACCGGUGCCUGAAGAUGUGGUUGAGAAACUCGCAGUUGAGAGCGUACCAGUGGAAGUCACGGUGAACAAACAGUGCGCUAAAAUUGGUGAAUUUUGCGCGAACCACAGUGAUUGCUGCACUAACGCAUGCUUGGGCUACAUGAAGAGAUGCGUGUCGUAAAUACGUCUGUAAAGAGUCUAAAUACGACAACGAAUUGUGAAGAUUAUUAUUAAUUUAUUUUAUAAUUAUUUUUAUUUAUUUCAAAAUGCAGUCAAGUUUGACUGCAAUUUCACUUUGACAGCUAAAGGAAACAUUACUCUGUUAUUUAGUAGAUAAAUCAAUAUUAUUUGUUCACUUUAACAACAAAAUAUUUUUCC